UUCAUCUAGCACACACACACACACACGCACCCACGAACGCACGCACACCCGCACGCAUACAUGAGGUUAGGGGAGGAGCGGGGUGUUAGGCUAGGAGAGGAGAGGACGUUUUGUCGAGGUUCAAAGAAGCCAAAGCCACCCGAAGUGGAAGCAGUUCUGUCGUUCAUGCGAUAAAGAACAUUCUCUGCCAGACAGAAACCCCAACAAAGGAUGGCCUCUGCAAACACUUCCUGGUCUGAGGAGAACUUUUCAUGUUCCAUCUGUCUGGAUGUGCUCAGCAGUCCAGUUACCACACCAUGCGGACACAACUUCUGCAGGACCUGUAUUACAAAGUUCUGGGAUGAACAAGUCCGGUACAAAUGUCCUGUUUGCAACAAGGUUUUUGACACAAGACCUGAUUUACGGAUCAAUACCCUCUUAUCGGAGAUGGUUGAUCGGUUUGGAACGUCCGUAAGAGUAAAAGAGCAGCCUUCUGUUGAACCAGGAGAAGUUCCCUGUGACGUCUGUACUGGGACCCAGUUGAAGGCCAUGAAGUCCUGCCUGGUGUGUCUUAUGUCUUUCUGCCAAACCCACCUGGAGCCACAUCAGAGAGUCACAGUCCUGCAGAAACAUCGGCUGGUCAAGCCUAUGGACCAUCUGGAAGACAGGUUGUGUAAGAAACACGACGACUUUUGGAGCUCUUCUGCCAGACUGAACAGGUGUAUGUGUGUCAGUUCUGCAGAGAGACAGACCACAAGUCCCAUCCUGUUGUAACUCUAAAGGAGGAAUAUGGCGUAAAGAGGGCCGAGCUGGGGAAGAUUGUGUCUGAAGUUCAGCAGAUGAUCCAGGAGAGAAAAAUAACGAUUAAGGAGAUCAAAGAUACAGUAGAUAUCAACAAGAAAGACGCAGACAGAGAGAUAGCGAAUGGUGUGCAGGUCCUCACUGUUCUGAUGUGCCGAAUUGAAAAGUGCAGAAAUGAAUUCUACCGAACGGUUAAAGAGAAACUGAAAUCCACAGAGAAACAAGCUGAAGACCUCAUCAAAGAGCUGGAGCAGGAAAUAGAAGAUCUGACCAAUAGAAGCUUAGAGGUGAAGCAGCUCUCACACACUAAAGACCACCUCCACUUCCUCCAGGCCUUCAGAUCUCUGAAGAAUCCUCCACACACCAGGGACUGGACGACGGUGGAGGUCUGUCCUCCAUCAUUCGUAGGGACCUUGAGGAGAUCCCUCGAUCAGCUUGAGGAGACACUGAACAUGGAGAUGAAGAAGCUGCGUGAUGCUGAACUGAAGGGGGUCCAGCAGUAUGAAGUAGAUGUGACUCUGGAUCCUGAUACAGCUCAUCCCCGUCUCAGCCUGUCCAACUAUGGAAAACAAGUACAUGAUGGAGGUCUAUGGAAGAAGCUAACAGACAACCCUAAGAGAUUUACACAUUGUACACUUGUUCUCACGAGGCAGAGGUUUUCCUCAGGGAGAUUUUACUUUGAGGUCCAGGUUAAAGACAAGAGUGGAUGGUGUUUAGGAGUGGCCAGAAAAUCCAUCAACAGAAAAGGCGAGACCAUGUGGACCCCGGAGACAGGUUACUGGACUCUUAACUACGGCAGGGAUGGGUUGGUAUUUAAUGAUGACCCUUCUGUCCGUCUCCCUCUGAGAGCUGAGCUCCAGAAGGUGGGGGUGUUUGUUGAUUAUGAUCAGGGUCUGGUUUCCUUCUAUGAUGUGGAAGCCAGGGUUCAUCUCUACUCUGCUCCUGGCUGCACCUUUAGUGAGCCUCUCUAUCCAAUCCUCAAUCCACUUACAUUUGAUUUUGGUAAAAACACUGCCCCCUGAUGAUCUCCCCUGUCAAUCAAACAGACUAGGACCUUUGUUUGAUAUUAAAAUAAUCAAACAACCAAAACAACUAAUGUUAUUUCCUGAAUUAGAAUCUGUACUAUGUGAGAUCUGAGAGAACUGCUAUGAUGUUGUACUGCUGUCAUUUAACAAGGAGAAAUUAAGUGGAAGUAAUCCCUCACUAUUAUAAAUGAUAUCGUAAAUUAUUAGAUAACAUUAUAUUCUUCAUUGUCUGUUUACUCCAGCCUUUCAAAGGUUUACUGCUAUACAAUUGUUAAUGGUUGCAGUAGAGCACAGUUUUAGGAUUAAUGUGUCUAUCAUAAUCAUCUAAACAUUACUGUUAGUUUAUACUUCGGAAUCAUGAAUGACAACACAAUCAAAUGUAAAAGCACAUUUUUGAUUUCAAUAAAAAUGGAUUAAGAGCUCA